AUGGUAAGGCCACCUUGUUGUGAUAACAUAGGAGUGAAGAAAGGGCCAUGGACACCUGAAGAGGAUAUCACUCUUGUUUCUUAUAUUCAACAAAAUGGUCCUGGCAAUUGGAGAUCUGUUCCUACUAACACUGGUUUGUUAAGAUGCAGCAAGAGUUGUAGACUGAGAUGGACUAAUUAUCUUCGACCUGGAAUCAAGCGCGGCAAUUUUACAGAACAAGAAGACAAGAAGAUCGUUCAAUUACAAGCCCUUCUUGGCAAUAGAUGGGCAGCAAUAGCUUCAUACCUUCCACAAAGAACAGAUAAUGAUAUCAAGAAUUACUGGAACACCCAUCUUCGAAAGAGAAUCCAUAACCUUCGCACCAAUGGCGACCAAGCAAACCAUAAUCACGGUAUAUCAACUUCGGCAUUCUCCUCAGAAGCCAACGAUACUGGCAGAGGUCAAUGGGAGAGAAAGCUCCAAACUAAUAUGCACAUGGCUAAACAAGCCCUUUCCGACGCUCUAUCCCUUGGCACCAAAUCCGUGACUUCAUGGCAGCAGUCACCAUAUGCAACAACUCUCAUUGCACCCAUUAAUGACCAAUCGGAGUUCCUACCUCCACCAUUGGGAAGCAUUAGUCCCAACUCGUAUGCUUUAAGUGCCGAUAACAUUGCACGCUUGCUCCCAAACUGGCUGAAGAAUCAUCCAAAAUCAUCACAAAUGAGCUUUGAAAGCAUAAGUAACUUCAACCAGCAUAUUCUAAGUGGCCCAUCAAAUGAAGGGCUUAAAAACUUAAGUAAUUCAGAGAUUUCAGAGACAACAAGCUUGUUCCAAGAUGAAAUUAAGCCAUAUAUGGAUUCUCAAAUGCAGUCACUCAGUUUUUUGGAGAAUUGUUUGCUUGAUGAUGCUGCUGCACAAGGAGAUGAAAGUUUUAUUAAUAUGUCCACUGAAGAAAGUGAUGCCUUGUUUUAG